AUGUGUGGUAUAUUGCUAAAUAUUUCCCCUAAUGACAACCUUAAGUUCUUUCAAAAUGAAUAUAAAGAGUUCAAGGAAAAUUGCCCAGACGCGUUGUUAAAUUCAAAUAAUGAUUAUACGUUUAGCAAUUUAAUGAAAUUAAUCUCCGCUAGAGGCCCCAAUUUUGCAUCUCUUCGUACUUUAAAAGAUCAUAGAAUAUCUUUGUUUUCUUCUGUAUUAUCUUUGAGAGAACCGUUUUGUAAGCAAAGUGUUCUAGUAGAAGAUAGAUAUGUUUUACAAUUUAAUGGAGAAUUAUAUAAUGAUGAAAUCAUUCACAAUGAUACUCAGUUUAUUGUAAAAUUACUUUUAAAUACAGAGCAAAAUAGUAAGGGUAUUAUAAGUGUUAUAAAAAAUUUAGAUGGUGAGUUUGCUUUUUCUAUAUAUGAUCUAAAGAAUAAAAGAUUAUAUUUUGGUAGAGACCCGAUUGGAAAGAGAAGUCUAUGUUAUUAUCUAACAGAUGCAAAUGAGUUAUAUGUUUCAAGUGUUAGUGGAUCCAUUAAAGGUUUUAAAAAUUGUGACGCAGGUGUAAUCUACGAAUACGAUGCAACUAAUAAAAACUCACCCCUUACUAUAUUUAAUAAUAUAUUCGAAGAUUUUACUAUCAAUGAUAAGUCUGAUUUAGAAUUUAAAUCAUUACAGAAGCAUAUCGAGGAAUUAUAUAAAGUUCUAUACAAUGCAGUUCGUAAAAGAGUAUUAUCUAUCCAUCCUACACAUAUUGAAAAUUCUCCAAUCGCUGUUCUAUUUUCUGGUGGUUUAGACUGCUCAGUAAUUGUUGCGUUAAUAUGUGAAGUAAUACGAAAUGAAAAAAAGAAAGCUAUAAUAGAAUUGCUGAAUGUUGGCUUUGAAAAUCCUAGAACAGGAUUAAUGCCAAAGGAUACGCCUGACAGAAAAUUGGCUAUUUCCAGCUCAUAUAUUUUACAGAAAUUAUAUCCCAAUGUUCCUAUUAAACUUAUUGAAGUGGAUGUUCCAUAUGAUGAAUAUUUAGAGAAAAGACCAAUCGUAAUUGAUUUAAUGUAUCCAAAAGAAACUGAGAUGGAUUUGUCAAUUGCUAUUGCAUUUUAUUUUGCAUCUAGAGGUAAAGGUUAUAUACAAACUGGAUCUGAUAAAAGAAUCGAAUAUCGAAGGAAAGGUAUUGUUUUAUUCAGUGGUCUAGGAGCAGAUGAAUUAUAUGGUGGCUAUCAUAAGUUUGUAAAUAAAACCCCACGAGAGCUAGUUGAAGAACUAACUAGACAGAUAAACAAUAUUCAUGACCGUAAUUUAAAUCGUGAUGAUAAAGUUAUUGCAAAUAAUGGUGUUGAAGUCCGUUAUCCAUUUUUGGAUGAGCAUGUUAUUAAAUAUUCCACACAUGACAUUCCGAUAAAUUAUAAAAUUAAUAAACUAAUAUUAAGGAAAUUAUCAUUAGAGAUGUUGCAUUUAGACGGAAUAAGUGAAGAGCCCAAAAGAGCAAUUCAAUUUGGCUCAAAAAGUGCUAAAAUGACUAAAGAUGGUAAUAAAAACGGUACUGAUAAAAUAAAAUAA